AUGGGUGGAGUACCUCUUGUCACGACUGCUUCAGGCAAUGUUAAUACUGUUCUAAAUGAAACCCAAGUAAGUACAGUUAAUUCAUUUAAUAUAAAGAUCUAUGCUGACUUCAACUUGGAAGAUGAACUACCACAGAAUGUUGAACAAGCAAUAGCUUUUUUUCGAAAACUUCCUCAAUAUACGAAGAACAUUCAGGCUAAACCAAUUGAAUACAUUCUUUAUCCGCUUGAUAUGAUUAAAUAUCGACUUGGUGCUACAUCAGUCGAUAAUCUAACAAUUCGAGAUAUCACAGAAGUGAUCAUGGUAAAAAUGCAUCAUAAUGCCGAUCAGUUACUGAAACUAAAACGUCAGUAUAAUCAGUAUUAUGAAACAUAUUUAAGCGUAAAAGCCUGUAUUUCAAAAGUAAGCCGUGCAAAAAUAGAAAACAAGAAACUAGCAAUUUCGAUAUGUGAAUUCGCGUAUCGUAAGAAAUUAGCAGAUCUAUUAUUAGAACUUCGUGUAAAUAAUUUGAAUGAAAUGGAAUUUCUUCAACAAAGCUUGUUGGAUGAAGUCGUAAAUUCAUACGAACAAAGCUAUGUAUUAAAAGACAAAAUUAAUAUGCUCAGUUUAGCAUUGAAUCGUGGUUGUUAUUUAAUCGAUGAAUAUUCAACUCCUCAUUUAUUACCAAAUCAGUACGGUCAAGAUCAAAAACAUUUAUUUCUUUUGUACAUGAAUGAGCAAUUAAUAGAAACGAAAGCUGAACAAUGGAACAUCAUUCAACCAAAAUUCUUUGAUUUGAUGGAUCGUUUCAAAACAGAAGCGUUCUUCUUCAUAAUCAAUUAUGAUUUACAUUCUCAACUAAUUUCACGUUCAUCUGAUUUUCUUUUGGAACAUUACUAUGGUAUAAAAUUGAUAAAGGAUGCAAGUAUACUUGGAACAGAUCCAUUGAAUAAACAGUAUUGUGAAACUUGUGGUGCGGAAGAUUAUGAAGAACGUUUCAUAGUGUUGUCAGAAAGUAAUAGAGUAUGGCUCAAUCGAUCUAGACCAGAACGUUUACAAAAAUUAAAUAUAAAAAUAAACGAAAAUGGAAAAGUAAUAAUGCUAUAUGAACGAAAUACAUCAAGUUUGGACGCGCUUUGUCAAUAUGAAACGUUAUCAGCUGGUAAUCAUCUGCAAUACUCUACUGGUAAACAUCAUAUAGAAUUUCAGAUUGUUGAUUUAUAUAGAGCAGUUGAGUUUUCCUUAAGUACAAGUAGCAUGAACAAUGUAACAUUUGAUAUUUGGUUCGGUGCACCACUUUCAGGAAUUCUCUCCACACCAACGCAAAAAGGCGAUAUUUAUGAAUUAGUUAUUGAUUGUAAUGAAAUAAAUGUUCAGUUAAUCAAUCAAAGAACUGCGUCUACAAAAAGGUUGAAUAUUGAUAUUAGCAAACAUCCAUUUCCUUGGAAAUAUCGAUUUUGUCAAGAUGCAAGUUACUUACAGGCUUGCUUACCAAUAACAAUACGCAUUAAAAACACAAAACAUUUUUGCGAAUGA